UCAGAUUUCAUCUUGGGGACAACGGAAAGAAGAUGAAGACCGAAGCUAGUUGCCAUGACGGAAGUGCCUCAGCAGAGUUUAGUACUACAGGAAUGAGAAAGAGGUUUCAAACAGUGGCGGAUGUAAUAGGCGAUGGCUGGAAGGAUCUUGCUACUUAUCUCGGAAAGAAUGAACGACAAAUCCGCGGAAUAGAACACCAACAUACCGGAAACACCAGGGAGUGCUGCCUUCAUGUGCUGGACGAUUGGAAGCUUCAGAGAGGAAAUCAAGUCACUGCCGAAACGCUCAACGCAACACUACGUUCCGCCGGGCUUGUGGACAUCGUCAGUAGUAUACAAGGUGACGUAGAAACAGUGAGACACAAACGUCAGCACGCUCAGCUCCUUGAGAAUGCGAAGAUUGUUGACAAAGCCUUGCAAAAACCUUCACGUGAUUAUUCCGAACGAGACCACAGGAAAGUGACCAUACUGUUCAAACGGAUACCAAGACAGGGUACUUCUGGCGAUAAAAAGCUGGAAGCAGUUUGCAACAAGGUAGUCAUCUACAUGGACAACUUGAAGGAACAAGGAAACUGGAGCACCUACGACAGGUUCGUGACCAAAGCCUCGCACCUCUACGAGAACAAGCCGGAUGUCAUGAUACGCAUCACACUUGAAGACAUUGCUGCUAGCUACUACCGCGGUGACCUGUCCAGAGGAGACGAGAGAGUCCAUUCUGCUAUUGACCUCCUGCUGAAGACACGGGACCCCCAGCAUCACCUGGCGCACCUCAUGUACCUGAAGUCAGCCAUCCUGCGGAGGAGGAAGCGAUAUGACGAGGCAGAGGGUGCCAUCAUCGUAGCCAGACAGGGCCUUGAGUUCAUUCAGGUCGGUCGAGACUCCGGGGAGAUUUGGUACAAUGUUGCUGCUCUCUUUGCGGAGGUUCUCAAUGAGAAAGUAGUCGACCGACCAGACCUUUGGGAAAGAGAUGUCGUGCCGUCCCUGCAGUCCGCCAUAGAUCACUACCGACGGAGUUUAGCAGAAAACGACGAUGACUCGUGCCGAAACAAGCUCAGGCGAGCCCACAUUCGCCUCUCCAUGGCCUUGAUGCACUGCUGGUCUCAGAUUUCCACAGAGAAGGACGUUCAACAGAGAGCAAUUCCCGCUCCUGACCUGCGCCGUGCGGAGAACAGCUUGCUUGAAGUUGAGAACAAUCUCUGGGAGGACAUCUCCGAACGAAUGGAGUGCUCUUGGCUGUUGGCAAAGUCUGACCUGAUGCGUUACAGAGGCAGCUACCGCCGAGCUGGCAAAUAACGUGCUGGCCAUCGCCCAGAAAUCCAACUUUCCAGCAGAGAAGGACUUCGCAACAGAUCGCCUUGGGCUGCUGAAACGAGCGACAAAGACGGACACUUCUCGUGUCUUGGAAGAGGAAGACAUCCUUCGUGAUCUGUCUUGUGCAACAUCCGACGAUACUUCACCCAGAAAUUUAGCGGUAGAAAAGGCGAGUACCGCCGAUUUUUGCCCUCCCCCCCAAAAAAAGAAGAAAAAAAAUAGAAAUUUGGUAGCCUUUUGCAGUAUGUAAUUUUGCUGUAUAGAAAUUGGUAAGGACUCCCAUGUACCUCUUUGAUGUAGCUCCUGAUGUCGUGUCCUUUCUCUGUCUCGUAGGUGCUGAAAUCUAACACUGACCCAAGAAUGUUUAAUGAUCUGUUUUUGAUUGUCUUUAGGGAUGUUAGUUCAAUUAUAUGGAUGACAUUCACUAAUUCGAGUGCACGUGUGCGAAAAAAAUAAAAGCUUGGCCAAAGAAAAAUGCCUUCGUGAUGAAAUCCUACAUAAAAGUAUAUUCUAAAUUUGCGUUCUUCCAUAUUUCUUUUUUGCCUUCGCGCCAGCGGCAUGGCCUUGUGGCCACUAUUUUCUUGGUUGGAUGGUUGGAUGGUUGGAUCGAUGGUUCAAACAAUGUUAACCCAGCCCUUC